AAACCUCAACAGAUUCCGCCGUUGAGUCUGGGAGGUACCGAAUGAGCCGUGGUCGGAUAUUUAAUUUUUGACAAUGGCUCCAGACGUAAAAAGCGACUCGUGGAAGAAGUCCGCGGGCGCCCGAAAUGGAAACCUCACGGGUAGUUCGAGGCGGAGACUGUCGGAGGCUUUCGACAAGGAAAAGAAGCCCAAAGGCGCCGUCAAAACAUCACCCUCCGGGCCUCUGCGGGAGAUGCGCCAGUUCAGCAUGUCCAAGCUGAAAAUCCCAAACAUGAGGACUUCCCCGACAAGGAGGGCCCUCAGGUCAGGCGCCGACAAACUCUCGAAAACCUUCCAGCAGCUCCGAGUCAGCGUCAAUAACUUUUCUCAGAAGUUGAAAGGAAGAUCGACCAGGAGACACCGGCGGUUUGAAAACACAGACACGCCAGUAGCAACGCCGCAGACGAGGAGUAGGAAGAUUUUGGGCAGGACGCCGACAAAAUUGUACAGUCCCUUUUCCAUCGACACCACUCCUGGUGGUGGACUCGCCUCGCCAGCAGUUUCUGACACACCCAAACGUGAGAGGCCAUAUUCUCACAGGCUUUUUAACUUGGAACAGCAAGAAAAUCAAAGGCCAAUGACCAGGAGCAUGGUUCAAACACAGGCCAUGCUGACCCAGCCGUCUCCAGCCUGCAAAUCUCUGCUCGAGUGAAUUACUAUACUUGAUCAAAUUAUUCAAUAUGGCUUAUUUAAUAUCACUGUGUUGUAUACUCCUUAGUCGUAAGUGUCCUGAAUUAUUAUUGUGAUGGUGCUUUUGAUGAUUUGAUUCUGAUAUAAGACUUGGAAUUUGAAUUUGUUAAUUUUAAGUUUUAGGGUGGGACCCAUUACCAAAAUUUGAUUCAAACGGGUUGUUUUUGCAGCUGAGAUUUCCCUUCUUGCCUGGCACUUUUAAUGUUUAUCUAAAUAGCUGUCAUGUUCAAUACUCUGAUAUAUAAACAAGAAACUUAUGCAUAUCAAGGCCAGUGCCGAUUUUUUAGUUAAUUACUCUUUUAUGUAUUUAAUUUUAAUUGCUAUCAUGCAGAAUAUAUCCAAAAUUAUCCAAAAAUAAAAAUAGUUUUCUAUUAAUGG